GGGAAAAGAAGAGGGGGGGGCUCCCCUUUGUUGCAUGGGGGUGUCCAGCCGGGGCUGAGGGAAGGCAGGGAGGGGGUCGCUGCCUCCCGCUGCCCCAUGGCCCUCGCUGAGGGGGCGGCCGUGCCCUACGCCGUGGAGCUGGGGCUCACCGUGCUCCACACGGCGCUCUACGCCGCGCUCUUCCUCUUCGCCUACCUGCAGCUCUGGCUGCUGCUCUACUACCGCGAGCGGCGGCUGAGUUACCACACGCUCUGCCUCUUCCUCUGCCUGCUCUGGGCAGCCCUCAGGACCACCCUGUUCUCCUUCUACCUGCAGAAUUCCCUGCAGGCCCUCCGCCUCCAGCAGCCCUUCGCCCACUGGCUCCUCUACUGCCUGCCCGGCUGCCUCCUCUUCUCCAGCCUCUGCCUCCUCAACCUCUAUUUCGCUGAGGUCAUAUUCAAAGUGAAAUGUGCAGCUGAAUUCAACAAGUACAAGGUCCUGCUGUACCUGGGCUCCAUCCUCACCAGCCUCCUGUUCCUGGUAGUGAAUUUAACCUGUGCAAUGCUGAUCCAUGGUGAGGUCCCAGAGAAGCAGCUGAGGUGGACAGUCCUGGCCCGGGCUCUGGUCAAUGACAGCCUCUUCAUCCUCUGUGCCAUCUCCCUGGCCUGCUGCAUGUGCAAACUGGGAAAGAUGUCUUCAGCCAAUGUCUACCUCGAGUCCAAGGGAACAUCUGUCUGCCAGGCUAUUCUGGUGGGAUCUGUAGUGGCCCUCCUGUAUUCCUCGAGGGCUUGCUAUAACCUGGUAGCUGUGGCCAUAUCUCCAGACAAUGUUCCUGGUCCUUUUAACUAUGGCUGGGACAACCUUUCAGACAAGGUGCACGUGGAGGUGAGCAGUGAGGAGUACGUGGUGUUUGGAGUGGUCCUGUUCCUCUGGGAGCUGGUGCCAACCACCUUCGUGGUGCUGUUCUUCCGUGCUCAGAGACUCAGCCAGAACCUGACUCCAGCAGGGAUGGUCAACAGCCACAGCUACAGCUCCAGGGCUUAUUUCUUCGACAAUCCCAGGCGCUACGACAGCGACGAUGACUUGUCACGGCUCGGGGCCAGGGAAGGAGGCUUGGCCACCCCUCAGUGCUCGGGCUGCUACGGCUCCCUGGCUGGCACGGACAGCGGCGGCGCUGCGGACAGCGCGCCCUUGCUCUGCGCCGCCGGCGGCUCGGAGAUCAACCACCACCAGCACAGCUCCCACCCUGCCCCGCACAACUGAGGAGGCUCCCUCUCUUCCCAGAGUGGCACUCAUGUAUAGGAUUGUAACCUGGUUUUCCUCUUUUCCUCCUCUUCUCCCCCUGAAGCAUCUAACUCAUGACACAAACAUUCCACUAGCUGCCGCAGCGGCGCGCGGGACUGAGCCCAGGGCUGCAGGCAGUUGAGUCAGAGAACUGUGACUUUAAGGUACCAUGUAGCAAAGUGAAGCUGAACUCUCUGGAAGCUUUUUUUUUUUCCUUGGUCUGGUCUUCAAGAUGUUGGCAGCUAAAUGCACCAGAGCUUCCUCACUAGAAAAGAAACAUCAAAUGCAUAUUUGCACUUUUAUCUGCACACUUGGAAGGAACGAAUCUCGCUCGGGCUGUGCUUGGCCUGAGACUGUUCUAGUUACUCUUUUAAUUGCACAUCCAGAGCUGGGAGAGGCACUGUCUUCCUGCAAAGACGUGUUCCCUGAAGGACUCUGCAUCCUGCCUCCCUGGGAGUGGGGGGCUCUGUCUGGGCUGGAUGCUCGAGUUUACUGUGCCAUAUUCCCACCUGGCAGGGCUGGGUGAGGCCUCGGGGCUUGGGGGGGGUCUUGCUCUGCCUGCUGGUCCCACCUGGCUGCUGCCCUGUCCUAGCUGGGCCUGUGGCUCAGAGCUGAGUGAGGUCAGUGUUGCUGCUGGCCUUGUGACCACCCUGCUGGCCCGUGGCACAGGGACAGGGCUGGCUUUUCCCUGCAGGCUCAGCAGGGGUGUGUGUGCAGGAAUGUGUGACUCCAGGGCUGCUGCACCCCCUGGGUGCUGGGAGUGGCCCUGCUCCCCCCUCCUCCUUGCCCACAGUGGGGCUCCCCUCAUCCCCCUCAGUAUUAAAUUGCAUUUAGCAGAUAACCAAGAGUUUUAACCUGAAGUGAAUGUGAACUGCUGGGUUCCCCACUGAGGUGCAGGGGUGUGUGGCUGCCUGUGGAACGUUGCUGUUGCAGAGGGAAGGGGCAGAAAUCGCAGGGAUCUGAUCCUUGGGCUCCUUGCUCUGCCCUCCCCGUGGAGCUGGGGCCUCCCAGAGCUGUGGAGUGCACAGGGUGGGAGUGCUGGGUCAGGCUGGGACAGGUCCCUCUGUCUUUCCUUAACCAAAAUAGCCAAGUUUGACCUGGCCUGGGCUCUUUGGAGAUGAGGCUUGGUGUUAUUCCUGGCUUGUCCCCGAGCCAGCUGUGGGGAUGAGCAGAGCAGCUUUGGAUAAAGGCACUGGUGCAGGGAGGAGCUGCUCCAGGCCUGGAGUGACACUGGGGCCAGGGAAUGCUGUGCUGGGCCAGCAGCUGAGGGACACCCUUCAGUGGUGAGAGCUGUGAGAGGAAAACCCAAUCCUGGGGCAUCCUCUCCUCAGCCCUGGGACUGUGCUGAGCUCGGUGUCACUGUCCCUGAGUGUGGCCUGGGCUCUCCCUGCUCACCUCCUGCACUUGUGCUGGCCCAAAAAAAGCAGCAAGUCCUGGUUUGGUUUUUUUUUUUUUUUUGGAGAGGGCAAAGAUGGCAGCUCUCAGCACAGCCCUUGCUCGAGUCCCUGGGCCAGAGCUCCACCCUGGCUGCUCCCCUGACUGUGGCAGGAACAGGUUGCUCCAUCUCAAUCCCUGCUUGGCUUGUGGUGAAGCUGCUGAAGGGCCAGGCACUGCCACCCUUCCUUCUGCUCCCAUAAGUCUCCAAAGACAGCAAGUGACACUCGUGGCCCCUGUUCUUGCUUAAAUUCCAAAGCACUAGGAGCACUUUAAGUUUUACUUUGGAGGGAAAGGAGUGUAGUGCAAAAAACGAUUAAAAUAAAAAAGAAUAAUUAAAAAAACCUACAAAAUCCAAGGGCUACAGGCUCAUUGUUCCUCUUGCACUGAAGCACACACCCACACUAUGAUCUUCCUGGAUGAUUUGGGAUGGCAGUCAGGGCAGUGAGCUCGUUGCUGAUGGACCCCUGAGUGUUUGGGUUUCCCUCCUCUGUCCCCUGGGUCCCAACUGAGGCUCCUCCCGGGGCAAUCCCCUCUUUUACUGAAGUAAUUUAUAGCUGACAAGUUACAAGGACU